CCAGGCGCUGCGGGAGCCUCGGCUUACCGUGCAGACAUGGCCAAGUCCAAGAACCACACCACACACAACCAGUCCCGCAAAUGGCACAGAAAUGGCAUCAAGAAACCCCGGUCACAAAGAUACGAAUCUCUUAAGGGGGUCGACCCCAAGUUUCUGAGGAACAUGCGCUUUGCCAAGAAGCACAACAAGAAAGGCCUGAAGAAGAUGCAGGCCAACAAUGCCAAGGCCGUGAGUGCAUGCGCAGAGGCCAACAAGGCCCUCGUGAAGCCUCAGGCUGUCAAGCCCAAGACGCCAAAGGGCUCCAGCCGCAAACUCAGCCGUCUGGCCUUCAUCGCUCACCCCAAGCUGGGGAAGAAGAUUCGAAGCUACAUGGCCAAGGGUCAGAGGCUCUGCCAACCAAAGCCCAAGGUUCAAACCAAGGCAGAGGCCAAAGCUCCAGCUAAGGCCCAGGCCAAAGCUCCAGCCCAGGCUCCCAAGGGUGCCCAGGCCCCUGUGAAGGCCCCAUAGAACAGGCUCCUGCCAGUGAGAAGACAGAUGGACUGCUGGGACACACCUACCUACACACUAUUUGCAGAUGACCAGAGUCCUAUGCUGUUUUUACAAAUAAACUUGAGACAAGAAAAAAAAAAAAAA